GUUGGGCCCCAUACUAUAAGUAGUCUCUUUCUUCUCUUCUCCGGUCUCUCCUCCGCUUCAGCUGAAUCUUCCCAAGGACGACCGUUUUGAUUCUAUUGUUUUGAGUAGUCUGGUUGGUACCUCCUGGUCUAUCUCUGUUGUCAUGGACUCUUCUCUCGACGGUACCUCUUCUUUAGGUGACUCCAUGAAAGGCAGAAAAAUGAGUGUUGAUGAAAAGAGAAAGCUUGUUCAUGAACUCUCAAAAGAUUCUGAUUUAGCCUUUGAAGCCUUACAGGUGUGGACCCAUGAGGAGAUACGACAGGUCUUAUGCGCAGAGUUGGGCAAAGAAAGAAAGUACAAGAACCUGACGAAAGCUCAGCUCAUCAACAGCCUCUUGAAAACUGUAUCAGAGAAAAAAGCUCCAACGCCUCCUAUUAAAGGAAACUCUGGAGGAGAUCAAGAAGACAGGAAGAGAGACUCAUCAACAACAACAAAAACAACUAAGAGAAACUCAAAAAGACAAAGGAAGAACGCUACUCCUACUCGCUAUGUGAGCGCUGAAUCAGUUAAUAAAGCUAAAUGCGGUAGUAUCUACUGUAAGAACUUGGCUUGUCAAGCUGUGCUGAGACAAGAAGACUUGUUCUGUCAAAGGUGUUCUUGUUGUAUCUGCCAUAAGUAUGAUGACAAUAAAGAUCCUAGUCUCUGGUUAACCUGCGGUUCCGAUCCUCCGUUCCCCGGUGAGUCUUGUGGCUUGUCUUGCCAUCUGGAUUGUGCUUUCAAGACUGAGAAAUCAGGUCUCAAGCCAAGUAGUGACGUUGAUGGAUGCUUCUACUGUGUCUCUUGUGGCAAAACAAACAGCUUGCUUGAGUGUUGGAAGAAGCAAAUGUUGAUUGCAAAGGAAACCAGAAGCGUUGACGUGCUUUGUCACCGUCUUGUAUUGGCUCAGAAGCUUCUCAAGGGCACGGAGAAGUACAGAAAACUAUCUGAGACCGUGGAGGAAGCUGUGAAGAGUUUGGAAACUGAGUUGUGUGGUGGUCCCCUUACUGAUCUUCCAUCGGCAAUGUGUAGAGGAAACGUAAACAGGCUUGGCUCAGCGCGAAAAGUGAAGGAUCUUUGCUCUUCUGCUUGGAAAUCCCUCCAAGAUACACCUCUUGAUGAAACCAAAGUCUUGACCAGAACCCUUCAAGAAGAAGAGGAAGCAGCUUUUGUGAGUGGCUUAAGCACUAAAGAAGAAGAAACUGUUCCAGAGAAGGUGGUCAAUGUUAAGAGUUCAACAAGCUGCGGUUUUGGGCUGGAGGAUUGUGUGAAGAUUAUGAGACAGCUUGAGUGUUCAGGUUAUGUUGAUAAGAGUUUCAGACAGGAGUUUCUGACUUGGUAUAGCUUAAGAGCCAGUGCUCAGGAGAUGAACGUUGUGAAGACAUUCAUUGAUGCUUUCAAGGACGAUUCAGUAGCUUUAGCUGAGCAGCUCGUUGACACGUUCUCUGAUUGCAUAUCAAGAAAGCGGUGACAAGGAUUCAGCUCGUCUGAUUGGAGGAUAUUUAUUUAGAAAGGGUUCAACUUUUGUUAGAACAAAUUAUCAUGUAAACAACAGAAUUUGAUGAAUGGGUUGUUUUGCUCUU